UUAAUCAUUUUCUUUUGCAUCGAUUUUCUUUCUAUUUAAAUACAAUAGCGAUUCUGUUUCAAUUGGUUGUUUCAAUCAGGGUAAGAAAUAUUCUCAACAUCUCAACACAAUGUAUCUAGGAGUUCUAGGCGAGUAAAUGUUGUCAGUACUGAAAGCUAAAUUCACGAGCGUUACGCUUGUUUGUUACAAUUACUGGCGGCAAAGUUACCGAUAUACCGAUUCGAUUGUUUCUUUACAAAAAUUACGACACUUUAAAGAUCUUAAAGGUCUUUGUGCAGAAAUGAAAAACAAUAAAAUUCUGCUAGUGGGGGGAGCAGUUCUUGCGUCGGAAGUUCUUUGGUAUAUUUACAAAAGAGUUUAUAAUGUGUGGAGUAAUUACAUAAACACGCGCGAAGCGCUGGAAGUACAGAUACCCAAGUCGGGACAUGACAUUUCAGAGGUCAUGUUUUUUACGAAUGAAUCUACACUUUGUCGAACACACUUCACUACCGAGAAGACCUGUCCAAAAAAAAAUUGUCCGGUUCGAUAUUUGAGACAGAUAAAAAGCUAUAUGAAUCAUGCAAAACAAAGUUUGGACGUUUGUAUGUACAUGUUCACUUGCCAUUCGUUGUCAAAUGCAAUUGUGAACGCUCAUAAACGAGGUGUACUUGUUCGAGUAAUAAUGGAUCGGCAAAUGAGCUCUAACGAUGCCGCACAAACGGCGUUAUUCUAUAAUAACGGAAUCGCGAUUAGAUUAAUAUGUCAGGAUGGUCUGAUGCAUCAUAAGUUCAUGAUCGUGGACAACGAUAUAGUAAUCACUGGUAGCACAAACUGGACCAUGUCCGCAUUUUUUGGGAACUUUGACCACAUUAUAGUGACUAACCAGCAUUCGUUGGUGAAGCCAUUCAUCGUUGAAUUUGACAGGUUGUGGAAGACAUUUUCAAAGACGCAAGAAAAUUAGGAAAACUUGAUUCAGCCCUCGUCCGAUGACACGUUAUAAUCUAAUUAUUGCGUUGUUUAUCGGAGUGGUUGGAACUUUGGCGGCACCCAGCCUGGCAAUGCCCGAAUCGUCUGGAACGCCUGGAAUUUUUUACGCCCCUCGAAGCAUCACGCAGGAUACGGAAAUGGUCACCUCCUUGCCA